AUGCGUAUCUUGAGUCUUGCUUAUAUAUCACGACGAGCAUUGUACAAGCCAAAUUUCAGCUUGGUAUCAAGACACGCAAAACACACCAAAGCAUUUGUCUCUACGCCCAUUUACUAUGUCAAUGCAGUGCCACAUAUUGGCCAUUUGUAUUCAACAGUAUUAGCAGACACUAUCCGUCGCAACUAUAUGCUGCAUGGAAAAGAGGUGCUCAUGUCGACGGGUACAGACGAGCAUGGAUUGAAGAUCCAACAAGCAGCUGAAAAGAACAAUAUGAAGCCAAUUGAGUUUUGCAAUAAGGUAUCAGAGAGCUUCAAGAACCUCUUUCAAGCAGCCAAUAUUGGCUAUAGUAGUUUUGAACGCACAACCAACCCACAUCACAACAAAGCCGUCCAUGAAUUAUGGAACCAACUUUUGAAGAAUGGCUAUCUCUACAAGGGAAAACAUGAAGGAUGGUAUGCAGUAUCUGACGAAGCCUUUUACGCCAACAACCAAGUGCAAGAAGCUGUGGACGAAAAGACGGGAGAAAAGAUCAUGGUAGCGACUGAAUCAGGACAGCGAGUGGAAUGGACAUCAGAGGAAAACUACAAGUUUAGACUGUCAGCGUUUGGAGACCGUCUGCUACAGUGGAUCAACGAAAAUCCCAAUGCCAUUUCACCCAACAACCGCAAAAACGAAGUGAUUUCUUGGAUCAAUCAAGGUCUGGCUGAUUUAUCCGUGUCGAGAUUGAGAUCUCGUCUUGAUUGGGGUAUUCAAGUGCCUAAUGACCCUGAGCAUACCAUCUAUGUCUGGCUGGAUGCACUGACCAACUAUUUAACGGCAACUGGAUAUCCAUGGUCAAAGGACGCUCCACUCAAAGAGUUCUUUCCCCCUGAUGUCCAAGUGGUUGGUAAAGAUAUUGUGAGAUUCCACGCAAUUUACUGGCCCGCAUUCUUGUUGGCUGCAGGACUCCCGCUACCCAAGCAAAUUUUAGCCCAUGCUCAUUGGACUAUGGGCAAACAAAAGAUGUCCAAAAGCCGUGGGAAUGUAGCUGAUCCAUUCCAGGUUAUGAAGGAUUAUGGUGUUGAUCCCGUACGCUACUAUCUGGUGAGGGAUGGUGGUUUAGCUGACGAUGGAGACUACUCGGAGGAGAUGAUUCAAACAAGAUACAAGAAGGACCUUGCUGGCCAACUAGGCAAUUUAUUAAAUAGAGCUACUGCAGCAUCCUUACUUCCUAGUGGUAGUGUUCCUGGAAAGAAUCAAGUCAUUCAUCCCAGAGAUCAAAUGUUACACCAUCAAAUUAGUCAAACAGCAGAGGACUACAACAAGGCGUUCGAAGAAAGGGAUUUCAGUAAAGCAUACACUUGCAUCUUUGACAUGGUAUCUCAGGCGAAUAAACAUUUCGCAGAAAACGAACCAUGGAAAAUGGCUAAACAACCACAAGAUAAGGAGCGUCUCGACACUGUGCUGUAUUACUCUUUGGAGGCUUGCCGUGUUGCUGGUAUCUUGUUGCAGCCUGUGAUGCCUACCAAGAUGGAUCUUUUGCUGACCAGGUUGGGUGUAUCUCCUCAAGAUAGAUAUUUCAAGAACGCUGCUCAACUCGAACUCAAGGAGCGGCCGUUGGGCCAAAUUGACGGUGUCUUGUUUCCUCGUCUAUAA